CUGCAGCACAAAUGGGUCGAGUCAACACGUUACUGAACCAAGUCCCUAGCGGUCAGUAUCGCAGCAACAAGCCAGGACCCCCGGGGCCUCCGGGAGUCGAAGGCAGGCAGGGGACCCGCGGAGAGCCCGGCGCCGCAGGGAGGAACGGGUUCGACGGAAACAACGGAUCACCGGGACAGACGGGAGAGAGAGGCACUGCGGGAGAGAAAGGAGAGCGAGGAUUAUCAGGAGUCGGACAGAAAGGACCCAGAGGACCUGCAGGUAAAGACAUAAACACUUUUCAAACCGGUUUUCCCUCUCCU